AUGAAGUCUCAACCCUCUUUGGACACUUUAGCUGAAAAUGACACGGCCUUCUGUGAGAUGCUGGGGAGCCCUGAGAUUCCUCUGUUGUACAAGAAAGGAGACAUCACUAUUGGAGGAGUUUUCUCUAUUCAUACCCAAAUCUCAACAUCUUUAUUCUCAUUGACUGAUAAGCCAGAACCUCUCUUGUGCUCCAAGAUAGAUUUAAGAGAAUUUCGGUUUGCUCAAACAAUGAUUUUUGCCAUUGAGGAGAUCNUUAAUAGCAGCUCUCUACUGCCUAAUAUCACAAUUGGUUAUAAGAUAUUUGACAGUUGUGCUUCUACAUCACCUGCAACACGUACAGUGAUGAGUUUAAUAAAUGGACAUGAGAGGACUUUGGGAAAAACCUGCUCUGGUCAAUCAUCGGUUCAUGCCAUUGUUGGAACAUCUGAGUCUUCGACCACCAUUGCGAUACUACAAAUUUCUUCGGUUUUGCAUAUACCUGUGAUCAGCCACUUUGCUACAUGUGCAUGUCUCAGUAACAGAAAUGAGUAUCCCUCCUUCUUCAGAACUAUUCCUAGUGACUUCUACCAGAGCAGAGCACUGGCUAAACUGGUAAAACACUUUGGAUGGACCUGGGUUGGUGCAAUCAGAAGUGAUGAUGACUACGGUAACAAUGGGAUGGCAACAUUUAUCACUGCUGCACAUCAGGAGGGGGUUUGUGUUGAAUACUCUGAGGCCAUCUCAAAGACAAGUUCUACAGAGCAGGUCGAGAGAACUGUUAGAGUGAUUCAGAGCAGCACAGCAAGAGUUUUAGUUGCUUUCCUUGCUUAUGAUGAGAUGGAUAUUCUGCUUGAGGAGUCUCUGAGACAGAACUUGACUGGGUUGCAGUGGGUGGGCAGUGAAUCCUGGAUUACAACAAGUCAUUUCGCUAAUAGGAGAUUCUCUGAUAUACUAACAGGGUCACUGGGUUUUGCAGUAAGAGAGGCUAAACUGAAAGGUCUGCAAGAGUUUCUUUUACAGGUUCAUCCAAGUCAGGAUCCUCAGAACAAUCUGCUGAGAGAAUUCUGGGAAACAACAUUUGGCUGCAGUUUUCAGGCCAAUCUGCACAGCUCAAAACAGUGUUCUGGUUUUGAGAAACUUCAGGAUGUUAACAAUGAUUUCACAGAUGUGUCAGAGCUCAGAAUAUCCAACAACGUAUAUAAAGCUGUUUAUGCUGUUGCUCAUGCCAUGCAUAAAGUGUUUAAAUGUGGACAAAGUGGUGAAGUAGAUAAUCACUCUUGUAUUUUAAUGAAUUAUUUAGAGCCAAGAGAGGUGGUGAAACAUCUUCAAGAAGUAAAUUUCUCUCUUCAGUCAGGGGAGAGAGUGUAUUUUGAUAAAAAUGGAGACCCUGCAGCAUCCUAUGAGCUUGUGAACUGGCAGAAAAAUAUGGCAAAAGAUAUUGUGUUCAUGACUGUAGGGAGCUACGAUGUUUCACUGCCAAAUGGAAAACUAUUUACUAUGAAUGGAAUAAAUAUAACAUGGGCUGGAGAGUCCUGGGAGAGGCCUGCGUCUGUCUGCAGUGAAAGUUGUCUUCCAGGUUUCCGACAGGCGAUGAUUAAAAACAAACCUUUAUGCUGCUUCUCUUGUGUCGCCUGUGCUGCUGGAGAGAUCAGCAACUCCAGCAGUGAGUAA